CGUUCUUCCCAGCAGCUUUCCAGACAGCAUCCCUGUAGAAUCCGGCAGUGAAGAGGAUGAUAAUAUUGGUCUUGAAUCGUUUUGCUUUCCCCAUUUUCGGUGGCCUGUCCCCGGAAAUGUCCCCGUUUUUAACUUUGCGGCUUCAUUCACUCUUCUUCUACUAACUACUUGCUCGUGAUAGUUUUAGAGAAAACUGCAGUGGAAAACUCAGCCAGAAGCUAUCAUGUAUCAAGUGAAUCCACAACAUCACCACAAACGUCUUUUCAAGUCAGUCUCUGUAUUCUCAGUCUCAGUGUGCGCAGCCUCAGUAGGGGAGAAGCUGGUUUCCUACACAUGUCAAGAGGGUACAAACACACUUGAAGCACCAUUUGGAGCAGUGGAUCCCCAAUGUGAUCAGAGCUGGACCACUGGCAAAAAGCCCAUUGCCUACUAUGAAAAUGGCAAAGGUGAAUGCAGUUUUUCAUGCGAAGAAGUGAUCUCUGGCAAAGUCAUCCUCCGUGAAUGUCCCAAUGUCACAUUAACUAUUGGUUGCACCACCAAGGAUGGGGUAUAUGAAGAGACCAGGCUGCACUUCUCAGCGAUAAGCAGACCAGCUGUCUCUAUGACAUCCACUAACACUGCAAACAAUCAUAUCGCACAUUAUGGGAUAAGUGUCAGCAACCAAGCUUUGCCUCUGAAAACUGCCAGCACUGCCUCUACAAACGUUCAACAUGCUCAUUAUGGAUUAAUUAUAUUCUCGGUCCUGUCACCUCUGGUUAUUGUGAUCAGCGUGAUCAUCAGCCGUUACUGCAGAUCUCGUUCAAAUGAAGGUGAGGGGGCUUCAUCCAUGGUGUUGUAAUCCCCCCAAAGGACCUAGAUGACAUCUAUCCUGUCAAUGAAGAAUACUGAAUCAGGCAUUAUCUUAAAAUUUAGCCAGUAGGAUUAUUGACAGGUAAUCCUUUCGGGACUGCUGCUCUACCUCUCAAAAGGGAAAGAAAAUGAGCUUUUAGACCAUGUAGGUUUUUAGUUUCAUUGCAGACAAAUUAAAAUGAUGUAGUUCUGUGAAGCACUCAAUGUUGUGCACUUUCCUGCAUUCUCUUUUAAUUCCAAUACUCGAAUAACCCCCUAAACUUGUUUACCAGUGAUGCAGGAGACGUUGGCAGUCUUUUUCCAAAGCAAGAACUUCAUUUUCACCUAAGACAGGAAGGAGAAAAGCCAUAGAUCUUUUUUGGUGAAAAUGUGUUCUUGCUGCUAACAUUUGAAACUGCUCUGCAUCACAAUGCUGGGACAUACAGCUAGUGUUGUAGUAUUAAUGUAGUAACAAGUAUUUCCAAUCUAUUUAUUGCUGAAAGAUGUAUAAGUGUAAAAUGAGGAAGGUAUGGUAUUUCUAGGUAUUUUUGCCAACAGUACAGUAAUUGUUACACUACGUUGCCGUUUCUCUCUUACAUAUUUGUGAAAAAACUGUUAAUAUGACAGUUAGCUACAGUAGAUGGUAGCGAUGCCAAGCAGUAACAGAAAGCACUCAAUGUUAAUCAGUUCACCUUGGGCUUGGAAGUGAUGAAAUGAACCAGCAAUUGGCGACUUACUCGUCCGAAAUCCUAAUGCUAUUGAGUAAGGUAGUCAACCUGUGGGACCAGUCUCUAUGGCAAGACUUGAAAAUGGCUGUCUAGCCAUGAUCAACAACCAACUUGACAGAGCUUGAAGAAUUUUAAAAAGAAUAAUGUGCAAAUAUUGUACAAUCCAGGCGUGCAAAGCUCUUAAGAGACUUACCCUGAAAUCGCUGCCAGAGGUGAAGCUAACAUAUACUUAUGUAAAUUAGAUAUCUGUAUUUCAUUUAUUUAUUCUAAAAACAGGUUUUACAUUUGUCACUGUGGGUUAUUGUGUGUAGAUGGGUGAGAGAAAAAAAUCAGGCUGUCACAACAAAAUGUGGAAUAAGUCGACAGUGCCUAAAGUAUUCUUACCUAUCGAUUUUAGAGAUGCGGUAACAGAAAGUGCUCAAGGUUAAUCGUUCAUCUUGGGCUUGGAGGUGAUGAAAUGAGCUGGCAAUUGGAGAGUUACUGGUCUGAAAUCCUAAUGCUGUUGUGGCAUGAGAAAGGUGCUGUGGGACCAGUGUCAAAAUUAGCAAGGAUAAAAAUGUUAAAAGCAUUUUAUUAUCGGUUAUCACAUUUCAUGGACACUUACCAAACAUCUGUUAUUCUAAAUCUUCUUAUAUUAACUGACAAACUGAAUUUGAUACACACUAGUAUUACAUGAGCUGCAAAUAAGCUUUAUUUCUUUUUUAGGUCUGUUGCUUUGCUUUUGUAUGUAUUUGUAUUAACAACUGCUAACCAUGUGUAUGUGACCAAUAACAUUUGAUAUGAUUUAAUUCUGUUAAGAUUAUUAUUAUUAUUAUUGUGAAUUAAUGUGUUGUGUGCUAUGAUCACACGGGUGUCAUGAAAAAAAUGUCACUGUUAUUGUAUAUGACCCAUAUCCAUGCACUCCUCAUGUCAAACCUGUCCUGUGAUAUGGUGAUGCAAUAAAAAAACAAAUAUUUAGUUCUAUAGUAUUACAUUUUUUUAAAGCUACAUGGAAUUUUGUAAAGGAUUUUCAAUGCUUAGAUCAGUGGUGUAAAGUACUUUAGGCCAGGCACCACAGGUGAAUAGGCAUUUUUUUAAGUCUUUAGUCUCAUCAGACUGAAACUUUACCAGUUGAAAGUAUACAUAAAUCCAAGAUAUUAUUGUAUUACAAGUUCUAAUUAUUUUAAAAUAAAAAUAUGCAAAUGAGGCAUAUUACAAGAAUCUGUUUUUUUUACACAUUGCUUCAAGGUAGAAUGUGUUUUUGUAUUAUUGUGAUAAGACAUUCAAUGGUCAGACUGUGUGGAAUAAUGGGAAUGUACGUCCUUUGAAGACUGAGAAAAAUGAAUUGGCGCACCAGGAACAUGUCAUUUUGAGAAAAUGGCCGAUACAGACUGGCUAAUGGAAUUAAAAUGUACUUUCCAUAAAUAUAAUCAUGUAUGUCACAUUAAUUAAAAAUAAACAAAAUAUACCUU